AUGAAGUUUCUAACUUAUGCCACCACCCUCCUGGGCACCCUUACAGCUGUUGUAGGGGCAGUCCCAACUCGCUCUGGCACCAAGAACAAGUACAUUAGGGAUGGGCCCGGACCUUGCCAUACCCCGAGUAAUCGGGCGUGCUGGGCCUCUGGGUUCGACAUCUAUACUGACUACGAAGUCAACACACCCAACACGGGUGUUACCCGCAAGUACACUCUCACUUUGACCGAGGAAGACAACUGGACCGGCCCCGAUGGAGUGGUCAAAGAAAAAAUUAUGCUUGUUAAUGGCAAAAUUAUGGGCCCGACCAUUGAGGCCAACUGGGGUGACUGGAUCGAAGUCAAUGUCAUCAACAACCUUUUGACCAAUGGCACUUCCAUCCACUGGCACGGCAUUCACCAGAAGGGCAGCAACCUUCACGAUGGCGCCAACGGCGUUACUGAAUGCCCCAUCCCUCCCAACGGCGGCCAGCGUACCUAUCGCUUCCGUGCCCAGCAGUAUGGCACCAGCUGGUACCACUCUCACUUCUCUGCUCAGUAUGGCAAUGGCAUUGUCGGUCCCAUCGUCAUUCACGGUCCAGCUUCUCUGCCCUAUGACAUCGACCUUGGCCCUUUCCCUCUUGUGGAUUACUACUACAAGAGCGCUGAUGAGCUGGUGCACCACACUCAAAGCAACGGUCCACCGUUCAGCGACAACGUUCUCUUCAACGGUACCGGUGUUCAUCCCCAAACUGGUCAUGGUCAGUAUGCCAAGGUGACCCUGACCCCGGGCAAGCGUCACCGCCUGCGCAUCAUCAACAUGUCGACGGAGAACCACUUUCAGGUCUCUCUCGUCGGCCACCAGUUCACCGUCAUUGCUGCCGACAUGGUCCCCGUCCACUCCUACAAUACUGACAGCCUGUUUCUCGCUGUCGGGCAACGUUAUGAUGUUAUUAUCGAUGCUUCGCCGACCCCCGGCAACUACUGGUUCAACGUCACCUUCGGUGGCGGUUUCGCUUGUGGUGGUUCCUUAAACCCUCAUCCAGCUGCCAUCUUCCACUAUGAGGGUGCCCCCGAUGCUCUGCCGACCAAUCCUGGUGUUACUCCGCGCGACCACAACUGCCUGGACACUCUGGACCUCGUCCCUGUCGUUCCACGGAAUGUUCAGGUCAACCAGUUCGUCAAGAAGCCCGAGAAUACCCUGCCUGUUGAGCUGUCCAUUGGCGGCACCCCGCUCUUUGUCUGGAAGGUCAACGGCAGCGCCAUUGAUGUCGACUGGGGCAACCCCGUCCUUCAGUAUGUGAUGGACGGCAACACCAGCUACCGCCAAGCCGACAACAUCGUCGAGGUUAACGGUGUCAAUCAGUGGACUUACUGGCUGAUUGAGAACGACCCUAAUGGUGCCUUCAGCCUUCCCCACCCCAUGCAUCUUCACGGCCACGACUUCCUCAUUGUCGGCCGAUCCCCCGACGUCCCGCCGGGUUCGAACCAGCGCUACAACUUCGACCCAGCCACCGACAUCUACCGCCUGCGCGGGCAGAACCCGACCCGUCGUGACGUCGCCAUGCUCCCUGCCGGCGGCUGGCUGCUGCUCGCCUUCCGCACCGACAACCCUGGUGCCUGGCUCCUCCAUUGCCACAUUGCUUGGCACGUGUCGGGCGGUCUGUCUGUCGACUUCCUCGAGCGGCCGGACGACCUGCGGAAUAGCAUUCCCCAGCAUGAUAAAGACGAGUUUAACCGCGUGUGCAACGAGUGGCGCACGUACUGGCCUAAUAAUCCCUAUCCCAAGAUCGACUCUGGUUUGAAGCACCGCUGGGUUGAGGAGAGUGAGUGGCUGGUUCGUUAA